AUGAAGUUGGUGGAUUUUCGUAAUCUGCUUGGAUUCUCCAUGCUUUUGCGUGUGUUUUUGAUUGUCUAUGGAGAAUGGCAAGAUACUCACAUGGAGGUUAGGUACACUGAUGUUGAUUACAUGGUUUUUUCUGAUGCUGCGGCUUUAAUGGCAUCCGGAGAAUCUCCUUACAAGAGAACUACAUACCGUUAUGCGCCAUUGCUCGCGUUUCUUCUGAUCCCCAAUUCAAUCUUUCAUCGGUCAUGGGGAAAGUUCCUUUUCUCUGCUUCUGAUUUGCUGGUCGGCUUGUUUAUCCGUAUUAUUUUGAAACAACGUAAGGUGCCUGAGAAGAUAUGUACAUAUUCUGUAAUGGUAUGGCUUCUCAAUCCGUUUACGUUCACAAUAGGAACCAGAGGGAACUGUGAACCCAUCGUUUGUGCCAUGAUUUUAUGGAUCAUUAUCUCCCUUAUGCGAGGUAAUUUGUCACAAGCUGCAUUUUGGUACGGGCUUGUUGUGCAUUUCAGGGUCUAUCCUAUUAUAUAUGCGUUACCAAUCAUCCUUGUUCUCGAUUCCCAGAUAUUUAGAUCUGGUCAAAAGCCGCCUCUAGAGGAUUGGAAUACCGGUCAGGCUAAGACACCUACCAGUAACACGGAGAAUAAAAUAUUCCACCUCAAUCUUUUGACCGCCUUGAAAAGUUUAUUUUCAAGGGAGAGAAUCAGGUUUGGUUUGAUAUCGGGGGGAGUAUUUCUAGCUUGCAAUGCGGUUUCCUUCUAUUUUUAUGGACAUGAAUUUCUUCACGAGGCUCUCUUAUAUCAUCUCACUCGGACGGAUCCAAGGCACAACUUCUCCAUCUACUUCUAUCACAUAUAUCUUCACUAUGAGCGCCAGUUUUCAGCUGUGGAGAAGCUUAUCUCGUUUUUACCUCAGUUCACAGUACAGUUUGCUCUAGUCUUCUCCUUCUCCCAGGAUCUAGUGUUCUGUAUCUUUCUCCAAACCGUUGCAUUCGUGGCUUUCAAUAAGGUGAUAACCGCGCAGUACUUUGUGUGGUUCUAUUGCCUGUUACCUUUGAUUCUACCAUGGAGCCGUAUGAAGCUGAAAUGGGAAGGCUUGUUAUGCAUCAUCCUGUGGAUUGGAGCUCAGACACAUUGGCUUUUAUGGGGAUACAUGCUUGAAUUCAAGGGAUAUAACGUCUUUUUACAGCUAUGGAUAGCGAGUUUGGUGUUUCUUGCUGCAAACACCUUUGUCCUCGUCAAAAUCAUACAGCGCCAUCGAUUCUCACCUCUCUUCAAACGGUAUGAAUCUUCUGCUGUGAAGAAUGUUACGAAACUUGAGUGA